GCGCAAUGUGUCUGAACCAAUCGUUGACACCUGCCCGACCCGCCCAUUUUGGGGAACAUCAACGACAUCACCUCAUGAAGAAUACCUAGUAUCAACAUGACCAACGUAUACUUGUAAAUAGACACUAAAGCCAUAUACACCUCAGGCAAUUGCACACAAUCGAUCCUACAAUCGUACACACAGCUCAAACUUCAUCAAACAACUACACCCCCAAACAACUACCAAGAUGCUCCUCAUAGGCCUAACCGGCUCCAUCGCCACCGGCAAAUCAACCGUCUCCUCCCUCCUCUCCUCGCCCCCCUAUGACCUGCCCAUCAUCGACGCCGACCUUCUCGCUCGCAAAGUCGUCGAGCCCGGCACCGCCGGCUACAACGCCAUCGUCUCCUACUUUGGUCCCACCACGCCCGACCUCCUCGUUCCCUCCGGGCCCGACAUGCCCGAAAACGGCCCCACAGGAAAAGGCCGCCCCCUCAACCGCCCGGCCCUGGGCCGCCGUGUCUUUGGUGACUCCCCCGAGGUGCGCAAGGACCGCGCCCGUCUGAAUUCCAUCGUCCACCCAGCCGUAAGAAAGGCGAUGGCGCUGGCGGUGCUGAAGGCGUAUGCGAAGGGGUAUAGAGCCGUGGUGCUGGAUAUCCCGCUGUUGUUUGAGAGUCAGUUGGACAAGUUCUGCGGGACGGUAUUGGUGGUUGGAGUGAAGGAUCCGAAGGUGCAGAUGGAAAGGUUGAGGGCUAGGGAUCCGCAUUUGAGCCAGGAGGAUGCGGAGAAUCGGGUGAGGAGUCAAGGGGAUGUGAGGGAGAAGGCAGAAAGGGCGCUGGAGAGGGGUGAGGGGAGGGGGUGCGUGGUUUGGAAUGAUGGGGAUAAGAGAGAGUUGGAGGAGCAGGUGCGGAGGGUGUUUUGGCAGGGGGUGGUGGAGAAGUAUAGUCCGAGGUGGUGGGCGUGGUUCUUGUGGAUGUGCCCGCCGGCGGCGGUGGUGAGUGCGUUGUGGAAUUAUUGGGCGAAUUUGAGGGUGGAUAGGAGGUGGAAGGAGAAGAAGGAGGCGGAGAGGGCGAAGCUGUGAGUGAAAAGGGGGAUUUGUGUUGAAGCCCGCCCAGUCUCUAGAUGGGUUUGCGAGAGAGCACGAUGAUGAGUUGAGGAUGGUCGAGGAGAAGGACAUGUGGACGGAAAGAGUGGAAAGAUGACAGAGGAGUGAAGGUGACAUUUCCUCAGUAAGGAGGGUGAAUUGGCGUGUUCACUUUAUCUUUUUCAUGUCUUCAAGGUUUCUGUUAUCGUCCUGUUCCAGACCCACCGGGCCUGUCUGUCAAAAGGGCAAUUCACUUUACAGCGACGACAAAACGAUGGCAAUGGUGGGUGGGUGGUAUACAGACUGAAGGGAUGUUUUGCUCGGCUAGCGACGCCAUGAUAUAUGGUCUGUUGUCCCUUUUCCCCUUGUUAUCAAGGUUUGGUUCUCGUCCUGCUCGGAGACUAUGGACGUUGGCCGUUUAACAAAGCCGUUCACCAUGCAGCUGGUGUUUUGGUUUCGACUGAAUAGUCUCGAUGAUAGGGACAGGGUCGAUACGACGAGGUGAGCUUGGGAUCAACCAACUAUCAGAUUGAUAACAGCAACCAUUUGCAAGGUGAUUUGGGAACUGGAAUUUCUUAUGUCGCAGAGUAUAUAAACCCUCCUCCCUCCCCUCCCCGCGGCAAGCUUUCACUUCUUGUCUCUUUCCUCAUAGUCGUCAGUCUUCUCAUAGUAGAACAGCCAUUCAAGCCAACUGCGCCUUGAACACUCUUCUCGAUCACUAUAUAUAGCCUUAGACAAUUACACCCUCCCUUCCUCAGAGUCGUCACAUCUGGUACGGCACAUCACAUCCUCCUCCACAACAGAAGUCGACAUCACAAAUAACCUCCACCGUCCGACACAUUUUAACUCCGCUUGAAGCGUAUCCAAGCUCCUAGUACCUAUAUACAUAUCC